CGCCCUCUGCCCCGCCUUCAGCCUCUGCUCCGAGAAACCACGCGCGGUUGGGAUUGAGGGCGCCGGCGUGAGACCCUCUGGAAACUCUGCCGCUUUCUGCUCGGGCAGGGUCGCCUAAGAAACGGGCCAGGGGCGCGCCGACCGAGCCUCCCUAUGGCCGCGGGUGGUGCGAUGGGUCCUCUAGUGGGGGCCAUCGACCAAGGGACCAGCUCCACAAGGUUCCUGGUUUUUAAUGCCAACACAGCUGAAUUACUGAGUCAUCAUCAAGUAGAAAUCCAACAGAAAUUCCCAAAAGAAGGGUGGGUAGAACAAGACCCAAAGGAAAUACUGCAGUCUGUCUAUGAAUGUGUUGAAAGAACAUGUGAGAAAUUGAACCAGCUUAAUAUAGACAUUUCCAACAUAAAAGCUGUUGGAGUUAGCAAUCAGAGAGAGACAACUGUAGUUUGGGACAAAGUAACUGGAGAGCCUCUCUAUAAUGCUAUUGUAUGGCUUGACCUAAGGACUCAAUCUACUGUUGAAAGACUUCUUAAAAGGAUUCCAGGGCAGAAUAAAUCCUUUUUUAAGAGUAGGACUGGUCUCCCUCUUAGCACAUAUUUCAGUGCUGUGAAGCUAUGCUGGCUUUUGGACAAUGUGAAGGAAGUCAGGCAAGCAGUUCUUGAAGGGAAAGCUCUUUUUGGUACUAUUGAUUCAUGGUUAAUAUGGAGUUUGACAGGUGGGAAAAAUGGAGGUAUUCAUUGCACUGAUGUAACCAAUGCCAGUAGAACAAUGUUGUUCAACAUUAAUUCAUUAGAAUGGGAUGAUGAGCUCUGCAAGUUUUUUGAAAUUCCUAUGGAAAUGCUUCCCAAUGUGCGGAGUUCCUCAGAAAUCUAUGGAUUACUGAAAAUCUCCCCUACCCUGAGUUCUGGAGCUUUGACUGGUGUACCAAUUUCUGGGUGCUUAGGUGACCAGUCUGCUGCGUUAGUAGGACAAAUGUGCUUCAAGGAUGGCCAAGCAAAGAAUACGUAUGGAACAGGCUGCUUCUUACUCUGCAAUACAGGCCAUAAGCCUGCAUUUUCUGAGCAUGGCCUUCUAACCACCGUGGCUUACAAACUGGGUAGAGACAAGGCUGUAUGUUAUGCAUUAGAAGGAUCUGUUGCUAUUGCUGGAGCUGUUGUUCGUUGGUUGAGGGACAACCUUGGUAUUGCAAAAUCUUCAGAAGAAGUAGAGAAACUUGCUGCUGAAGUGGGCACGUCUUAUGGCUGCUACUUUGUUCCUGCAUUUUCAGGAUUAUAUGCACCGUACUGGGAACCCAGUGCAAGAGGAAUUAUCUGUGGCCUUACUCAGUUUACAAAUAAAAACCACAUUGCCUUCGCUGCACUAGAAGCUGUCUGCUUUCAAACACGGGAGAUAUUGGAUGCAAUGAAUAAAGACUGUGGGAUACCACUUAGCCAGUUACAAGUUGAUGGAGGAAUGACCAAUAACAAGAUCCUUAUGCAACUCCAAGCUGAUAUUCUUUGUAUUCCAGUAGUAAAGCCAUCCAUGCCCGAAACCACAGCACUUGGAGCAGCAAUGGCAGCGGGAGCUGCAGAAGGAGUGGGAGUGUGGAGUCUACAUCCUGAUGACUUCACAGCAGUAACAUGUGAACGUUUUGAGCCACAGAUCAAUCCAGAGGAAAGUGAGUAUCGUUAUACAAGAUGGAAGAAAGCUGUUAAGAAAUCAAUGGGCUGGGAGACAUCAGAACCUCAAGGAAAUAGUGAAACUAGUAUCUUCUGUAGUCUGCCUUUGGGCUUUUUUGUAAUGAAUAGCCUGUUAAUGUUAAUCGGAGCAAAGUAUAUCUCAGGUAACUUCAAAUGAGGCAUUUUAAUGGAUUUCAGGAAACUGUAACAUCUCAAAAAAAAUUGGUGCUCUCUUAACCAGUUUAAUGGCAUUAUUUUGACUCAAUUCACAGUCAAAGUAACCCUUUAGGAAAGGACUUUAAUCAGGAAUACACAAAAUAGAGCUGCUACCACUUCUCUGCUUUAAAAGUAAGGUGGAAAGAAGACUUGGUUAACUUCUGUAACUGCCAUCACCUGUUUGUCCACUUUGAAAUAAAACAUGGAAUAAAGAAGUUAAAGUUUUUUGGAAAAAAAAAAGGAAAUGGUACACUUCAAGAACUUCAUUGUAUACACUUACAUAAAGUUGUGAUUUCUUCUUAGAAAUUGCUUAUAAUAAUAUUUUCCAAAACAAUCUUUCUUAUUGACUAAUUAGAACCUCAAUAACCAUUGAAGAUUUCAAUACUGUAUUUUGUAACAAGCAGACAACAGUUAUUUAUUCCUUCUUUUCAUAUGCAUUGGCUAUCAUAUUAAGGAUUCUAAGGUACUAAGUGAAACUGGUAGAUUUUUUCAGAAAGUGUGUUUAAAAACUUAAAUAUAUAGGCUUCUAUGUAUAGCAAGAACGCUACAUAUUAGAAAUACUAUAAUAUAAAUCUAAUGGCCAAUAGUAGGAAUAUGAAGAUUAAAUAUGAGCUUAAAAAGUUCAUGUAGCUGUACUUAUUUUGGUAAGUAAUCAUAAUAUUUAUGGGCUGUAGCUGAAAACCACAAAUGUUUUGCAAUCUUUCAUUUUAUUUAUAAGUCUGGACCAAAAUUUGCUUCUCAGUGAGAUACCACUAUAAGCAGCGGCAAUCAUGAUUUCUGGACAUAUUAUAUUUUAGAUAUCCAAAGAAGAAAAUAACUUUUAUAGGUCCAAAAAUUUAAAACUAAUGUAUGUCAGAACGAUACCGUAUAAAAUUAUCCAUAUUUUCAUUAAGAAUAAAAACAACAUUAAACAUUGCUCACUCAUAGACUGAUCCCCUCCCUUCUCUCAAACUGAGGAAAUAUCUGGUAAAGUUUUGUCAGAGCUCAGAGAAAUCUCAGUGUUCUUCAAAAUAGGUCCUAAGUGCACACUAUCCUUUUCAUAGUUAAGUCAUUCAACAUCCCUUUCAUGUUAGGCCUCUCUAGGGUAGGACUCAGGAUUUGCUUUGCCUACCACUGGAAUGAGUUGGAGAUAAAAAUGUUGUGAAUCUAGGCUGCUUCUACUUGAAGAUCCUUCAAGACUAUUGCAGUAUAACCAGAAAAUGCCUGUGAAGAGAGAUGAACGACAUAGCUUAUUCUCUGCAUAAAGCAUUAUAUGAGUGUAAUUAAAAGGCAAUAGAAACUUGGUCUCCUCUCUUUUGUUAUAAACUCACCUGGUUCAAAGUGCAGUGUAUAAACAUAUUGAAAGAUAGCAAUAUUUUAAUGUGUGCACACUAGCAGCAGAAAGUGUGUGCAUAGUGGAAUGGUUUCUGUCAUUUCCUACAUUUUUACAGAAUCUGAAUUUCAUCACAUACGGAAAUAUUAAGAAGUGAACAUUCAAAUAAUGUUAAAUUAGUGCUUUUUCAUUAAGUGGAAAAUGAUAUUUCCAUUGGUUUGAAAUGUAGAAUACUUGUAGCAAUUGUUCAACAUUUUAACUGAAAUCUAGUCUUGAAUAAUCAGUAUUUCAGCUUGAUAAAUCUAAGACUUUUUUUUUUUUUGCAUUAGGAUUUAUUGGUAUAUGUCAACAGGAAUGAAUGUAAACUCCCAAAUGUCAAUUCCAUAACUGUGCUUCAAUCACAGACUUCAUAUAUUUUAGAGCCAUAUUUGGCAAGUUUACAUUUUCCCUGCUUCUCAUAAUGUAAAUGACUUUCCUCCUCUGCCAUCAGUUUAGAGUUCAGAAGAAAGAAUAUUUUUUCUGGACAUUUCUUUGGCAAGCUGGAUAUAUAGCCACAUUCAUGGAUGAAAUCUUACAUCGGAAGUACACCAUUAUACUGUGGCUGAGAGAUGUUUAUAAGUUCUGUUCUCUAAACCUUAAUCUGAAAAUGGCUUGUUUGAUUAUGCUCCCUGCCUGUGUUUCCUGCUUUGUAUAGCAUGCUGGGAUCGACAGCUUCAGAUAUGAUUCCUGGAAGUAUACAGGACAUUAAAUUAAAUUUAUAAGAUUAUAAUUACAGUUGGAAUUUUGUAUAGUGUGCUUCCACUUUUUCUACAAAACAAAAUUAAAUUAGAUGUGGAAAUUGCUCGCUUUUUUGCGAAUAGAAUAUUUUUUUUCCUGUAUAAUUUGAAUUGUUAAAUGGAUACACUGAAAAUGUGCAAUAGCAAACUUGUUGAUAGGCCACUAGUAGAAAUAUAUGUGACUUAAAAUGUCCUUGAUCUUGUUCUCAAUUAUGCUUGCAAUGGAACCCAUAAAUAAAAUGCAAAUAAAAUUCUCA